AUGGUCCCAAACCAAGAAACGCAGUACCAGGGGAUGAUCCAACUCCUCCUGCAUUUCAGGUGGACGUGGGUCGGCCUCUUUGCUCCCAACAAUGACAAUGGAGAAAGGUUCCUGAGUACCUUGACACCUCUAAUGAACAAAAGGGAAAUUUGUGUUGCCUUCACACAAAGAGUACUACGAGAAACUUGGCUAUGGAUACCCCAUGAACCACCUGCCAUGUGGAGACAAGUCAAUGUAUUUGUUUACUUUGCAGACUCUCAAAGUGGACUUUACAUAAUCAUAGAGGUACAGUCCUUACUGGAAAGGAUACAGACUGAGGGGAAAGUCUGGAUAACCACACUUUUUCAGAACAAAAUGUUGUUAUGUGACAUUGACUGCUUCCAGUAUGCUCAUGGCUCUUUGUCCUUUGUAGUGAAGACGAAAAAAAGGAUGAAGAAGGACUAUUAUGGGCCAAUGUCCUUGGCUAGUCAACAGUAUUCAGAAGAAGCAUUUGAUUGUUCUUAUUCCAAGCAUGCCUUGUCUGUGAGGGGUAUGACCAAAUGCAGAGAGAAGGAUAAUGUGAAGAUGCUGCCCCAGGAAGAGAUUGAAAGAAUUCAGUCCCAAGACAGCUAUGUGAACUACUUGAGUAUCCAAGCUGUGGCUCAGGCCUUCAAUGCUGCAUAUUCAUCCAGGUCAAAAAGGAUGUCGAUUGUGGGUGGAGGCAGUUGGGAUCUUCAAAAGCUACAGCCAUGGCAGGUAAGUCCUUUUCCUCUUGCAAACUGGAAUUUGUUGUCCCUUCUCUGGAAUCAAAAUGAUAACAUCAUCAGAAUCGGUCUUGAAUUGAGUCAGAACGUUGGUUGGUAUUGUCUACAUUGACUGUUUGGCCGUUGACAUUGUUUUCACCUGCUUACAGAAAUCCAUCAGAAUUUCUACUACCCUGGUUCCCAGGGGAAGGGAAUUCUACACGAGUUACAGGUGGAGCACAACAGAAAUGUCCCAUCAGUGUAUGGGAAGUCAAGAUCACAGAUUCAGUGCAAUGUUCCUGCAGACAGAAUUAUUUGCAGGCAGCAACUCAUAGAGAUGGAAGUGGAGCUUGUUGGACCAAUGCUGUGA